CAGAUCUUGCCUACUGCAGACAGCGACAUGGCGAAUGAGAGCUUUAGCGAAGCUCUGCACAAACUGAAGGAGAUCCAUGACAAGGAGGUGCUAGGAAUGCAGGAAAAUCUUACAGAGAUGACAAUGGAGAGAUGCCGUGACUCUCAGAGGCUGGAGGAGCUGUUCUCUAAGAACCACUUACUGCGAGAACAGCACAAAGUCCUCAAUGAAAAUAUUAAAGUGCUUGAGAACAGGUUGAGAGCCGGACUGUGUGACAGGUGCACCGUGACCCAAGAAAUGGCCAAGAAGAAGCAGCAAGAAUAUGAGAACUAUCACUUCCACAAUCUGCAGCAGAUUUCCUCUCUCACCAAUCAAAUUAAUGUGUUAAAAGAAGAAAACAAGUGUUUGCUCGAGGAACUGAGGAGAAUCAGGCGUUUGGAUGAGAAGAACAGAUCUAGAAGCCAUAGCCCCGAAAGUAAUGCUACGUCAGAGGCACCGCACUCAGAGUUUACUACUGCCAACCCCAAAAACAACCCAGAACAGAACAGAAUGCAGACAAGUAAAGAUGAUGAGGUUUCUGAUCACCAUGCUUCAGAAGAAACAUAUCCCACUGUCCUAACAUUGUCACCAGUGGUGAAGAACGUCCAGAUGAGCAACAAUGACACUCGGCAAGUGGACUUGACUAUGUCCGGGGUGCAGAAGGUGCUUCUGACCACUCCUAACCAACAGAGGAUCUCCAACCAGCUUCAUGGAACCAUCGCUGUAAUGAGACAGGGAGCUAACUGCGGACAGAGUGCAACAUCAUCACCCAUCCACAAACAUAGCUCCGCCAAUGAUGUACAUCCUAAGGAAAGCCGUACAGAUUUGCCUGAACCACCGUCCCCCUUUGAGUCUCUGAAACAUGUCAUCCCCGAGGAACAACUGAAUCUUCUGCGGCAACACUUUGCACAAAAGCGCCUUCCACAGCGCAAUCCAGGAGUGCCCAGCGAUGGGCCAGUUCGCUAUGUGUUGGCCAAGAAUCAUGAGGCGGCAUUGGAGAGGAAGCGUUCGGAUGAUGACUGGGAGGAUAAAGCUGCAAUGGCAGAGUUACAGGGUGCUAUGUUAUACGUCAGGGAGCAAAGAUACAAAAACAGAAUGAACCUAACCAACCAAAGAGACAAGAUUCAUUAUGUAAUAGCCAAGCAGAACCAAGAACUCAGGUCACCCAGUUCGCCUUUGGAGGUGCCAAAAUACCUAACGAGGGAAACCCCCGAGGAGAAGGAGCUGUCUCUGAUACAAGUCUUGAGGACACAUUGGAAGAACAAUAGACAUCUAGAUAGCCAGGAAGAAGAGAAGGAUUGGUCACAUGAAGAGACAAGGUGUGCAGAGCCGGAGAAGCGGAACCAUUUUGAAGAAGAUGCCACCCCAGAUAAGCCACUUGACCUGUCUGAUGCCAAGAGAGGGCAUCACAGCACUCAUAGUGACAUCAAGAGAGAACCAAAGAGCCAUUAUGAAACACAUAUGACAAAUCCAGCUUCCAGAAUGAACGAAUCACCUCCAAACAGGGCAUUGUUUUCUGAUCAGGUACAUGUAGUCCGUACAGAAGGUCCCAUGUUGGUGGCUAAGAGAGAACACGAGAGACAUACAGAGAAGGACAUACUACAUAUGGCGAUGGAACACGCUGUAGGCACAGAGAUGACCAGAGAGUCGAUUUCCAUCAUCAAAAGACCAGGAAAGGGGAACAAGAGACAUCGGGGAUCAGAAGCAGAUGAGGAGGAGGAAAGACAAGCAACAGAUGGGAAUUCACCACAUCGAAACAUGGAUGAAGAGUUAGAUACAACCAAUAGUGAGGGGGAGAUAGAAAGAUCCCAGCAUUCCCAGGCAGAGAUGUCCAGAGACAAUUAUGCCAGUGAAAGGAAUCACAGCCGGUGGAAGAAGAGGCUGUCUCAAGCCUCCAAGAAAUGUCUGAGAAAGAAGAAGAAGGUUCUGGACCACCCAGCAGAGAGUGACAUCUCCCAAGAGGACAAGGUUGCCAGCAAAGACCUCGAGCGAGAGAGACUGGCAUGAAUGAUGGGGUUACGUUCAAUCUAGAGAUGUGUAUAUAUGAAGACCCUGAGAGCUCCACGAGAUACAGCACUUCUACACAUAUGGCUUAUCACGCCACCUUACACAGUCCCUCC